ACUACCAGCUCGCUGUAUGGCAGAGACAGCAUUCGCUCAGCAACCAGACUGACAGAAAGCUUCACUAUUCUCUCUCUUUCUCUUUGAUCUCUAUACUGUUUGAUCUCUAUAGAGAAUGGCUUUGCUGGCUUCGGCAAUCAGCCUUCCCACCUCUUGCCUCCAAAUCCAUCGCCCAAUGCGUCUUCGCACUCUCCGCUGCUCCCCCGUUGCUUGCCUUAGCUCCUCUCAAGACCCUAGUCCUCCCCGUCAGAACGUCUCCCAGCCUGAAGCUUCCUUCCUGGUUCCUCCUGCUCCCCAUCCCAACCCUGCCUUGGAUCACGACCUUUCUGGGAGUAGCAGUCCUACUCUUGUUAUGUCUCCUGCCACUGAAUCCACCGUAGAAAGGGUAAUCUUUGAUUUCCGCUUCUUGGCACUUUUGGCAGUUGGAGGUUCACUAGCUGGCUCUUUAUUGUGCUUCUUGAAUGGUUGUGUAUACAUUGUUGAUGCUUACAAAGUUUACUGGACUAGUUGUGUGAAAGGGAUCCACACAGGGCAGAUGGUUCUGAGAUUAGUUGAGGCUAUUGAUGUUUAUCUUGCUGGUACUGUGAUGUUAAUAUUUGGUAUGGGCUUGUAUGGACUAUUCAUAAGCAAUUCACCGGAAGUGCCUGCCCAUAGAGAUCGUGCUCUCAAGGGAUCUUCCUUGUUUGGAAUGUUUGCUUUAAAGGUAAAAGAUAUUUUCCAAAUUCUUUAA